AUGCUUCCUUCUAUCGACACAAAGCCAGAGAAACAUAUCCUGAAGCCAUGGUGGGACGUUUUGACGGACUACAUCUCACUCUUCUUGAUGAUAAUUCCAAUGUUUGGUAUUUAUCUGCAAAUUACACGGGACAAUAUGACCUGCCUGCCUUGCAAGUGGGUGGACAACAAUCAAUGCAAAACCUUUCCCCACACAAACACGACCACAGAUUUUCAGAAUGAGGGCAUUUUUUCUUGGGAAAACUAUGCCAGUCCCUUCUGCUAUGAGGCCACAUUGCAUUGGUUUGCCAAAUAUGCCCCUUAUGUACUGUUUUUCCACACCCUCAUCUUCAUGGCUUGCAGCAAAUUCUUGUUCACGAUUCCCUGCACGAGCUCAAACCUGGACAAGUUUGUCUCCAUCCUUCUCGAGUGUGUUGACUCCCCGUGGACCACAAAGGCUUUGUCUGAGACUGUGGUGGCAGAAAGCGGCCCCACAUCUUCAGAAAACAUGACCGUUUUGAUGAAUGACGAAGUAGGCGUGAACUGGCAUCACCGAACAACAUCGAAAAUUGCAACUAAGAUUUUAGGUAAAAAAGAUGGGGAAAAGGCAAAGGCUCUUUUUGAGAAAGUGAAGAAGUUCAGAGUCAAAGUAGAGAAAGGUAAAGUUAUCUACUUUGUCUAUAUAAGCCAGACAAUCAUCAAAAUAGUCAAUGUUGUACUCGUAAUUAUUUACCCAGUCAUCAAUUUAAGGUUUAUUGACUUUGAUGUAGUGUGCUUUUUGAACGUCGUAGGAUACAACACAUUGUCUUGCAUCAACACGUUAGCAAAACCGUAUGGGAUUUUGGUUGUGGCCUACAUCAUCUUGGGAGUGAUGUAUGGUUUGAGCUGCAUUUAUACUUUAAUUUGGAUGUGCACCCGAUCCCUGAAAACAUACUCCUUUGAAUCGAUCCGGGAGGAGAGCUGCUAUAGUGACAUCCCUGACAUGGUGAAUGACUUUGCCUUCAUGCUACACCUAACUGAUCAGUAUGACUCUCUGUACACAGAGCGCUUCGCUGUUUUUCUGUCAGAGGCGAGUGAGAAAAGGCUGAGGCAGGUGAACCUGGACAAUGAGUGGAAGUUGGAGAGGCUUAGUCAGCACAUUACCAAAAACUCCAAAGGGAGGCUGGGGCUGCAACUGUUCAAGCUCAGUGGGAUUCCAAACACAGUAUUUGAGCUGAAAGAGCUUGAAGUGCUCAAGCUGGUGCUUAGCCCUGACUUAAUUAUACCAUCAAAGAUCUCCCAGCUUUCCAACCUGACAGAGAUGUGGCUUUGCCACACACCAGCUGAAAUAGAUGUCCAAGCUCUUGAUUUCCUGAGUGAGAACUUGAGAACUCUCCAUGUCACGUUCAUUGACAAUAAGGAGAUCCCGAGAUGGAUCUGCAGCCUGAAGAACUUAAGUGAGCUGCAUCUAACUGGUAACUUGGGCUCCGCUGAGUUCAGAGAUCUCAACAUGCUCAAGGUGCUCUAUCUAAAAAACAAUCUGACGACACUGCCGCAGGCAGUCAUCAACAUGGGGGAGCAUCUCUAUCGGCUUUGCAUCCAAAACAAUGGUACCAAGCUGGAAAAUGUGAGCAGCCUGAAGAAAAUGGUCAACCUGAUGUGGCUCGAGCUUGUUGCCUGCAACCUUGAUCCCAUCCCUUCCUCCAUCGCUAGUCUGCACAAGCUUCAGGAGCUUGACCUUAAGGACAACAAUUUGACCUCGAUAGAGGCAAUCGUCAGCUUCCAGAGCCUAAAGUACUUAGUGUGUCUAAAACUGUGGCACAACAAUAUCGCCCACAUCCCUGUUCAGAUUGGAACACUUGUCAGACUGCAGAGGCUGUAUCUGAACAACAACAAAAUUGAGGAAAUGUCCCAAAGUCUUUUCUGCUGUCAAAACCUGCGCUUGUUAGACCUGAGUCACAACAAACUGACCAGCAUUGACGCUAACAUAGGUGACCUCAAGCAUCUGCGGCACUUUGCCGUGACAGCUAACAUGAUUGAGACUUUGCCUCCAGAGCUCUUCAAGUGUAAAAAGCUGCACACUCUGAAUCUUGGAAACAACCUCCUGGAGACACUGCCGUCAAGCAUCAGCGAGCUUACUGCGUUGUGCAAGCUGGAGCUGAGAGAGAACUUGCUGAGUAGUCUACCGGUGGAGCUCGGCGAGUGUCAUCUGUUGAAAAGGAGUGGUCUAGUGGUGGAGAACAACCUGUUUGACACGCUGGAAACAUCUGUCAAAGAGCAGUUUUUGAAUCGCUGUGCAGCUCAUUAA